AUGUGGUGUUUUCAAGUUUCAGGGGAUGUUGCAAGUGCACUGAAGGGAAAGGCGGCGGAGCUUUACACGCGGAUCCUCCGCGUGCGCGACCUGCGGCGCUGCUGGCGGCGCCACCUGCGGCCGCGCGACCUCUCGCUGGCGGCGGCGGCGGAGGCGGAGGAGGAUGUGGAUGAUGAUGAUGAUGAGGAGGCCGUGGCGGCGGAGCUGGGCUGCGCGGCGGAGACGGCGGCGGAGCUGCGCGCCGUGUGCAGUGUUGAUAUGUUGAUGCCUCCUGAUGAAGAAAAGGACCCAGAAGUGAUUCCUGAAGACAGCACUCUACUAACUCUUCGAAUUAGAAAGAAGGCGCUAGAAAGGCGAGAAGAAACCAUAAUUGUAGAUCGGGCUUGCAGACAAGAGACACUUGCUUAUGAGAUGGAGUCUCAUGCAAUUGGAAAGAGACCAGAUGAUCCAGUAGAUCUAGUUGAGGAGGGAGAGCUGCUUUUGACUCUGAAUAUCUUCUAUCCUGUCAUAUUUCAGAAGCAUAAAGAUCACAAGCCCUAUCAGACGGUCCUUGUACUKGGCAGUCAGAACCUCACUGAGCUGAGAGACUCUAUCUCCUGCGUUAGUGACCUCCAGAUAGGUGGCGAGUUCAGCAGUCAGCCAGAUCAAGCACCAGAGCACAUCAGCAAGGAUCUCUACAAAUCUGCCUUCUUUUAUUUUGAAGGCAUCUUUUAUAAUGAUAAAAGAUCCCCAGAGUGCAGAGAUCUUAGCAGAACAAUCAUYGAGUGGUCAGAAUCUCACGACAGAGGCUACGGAAACCUUCAGUCUGCAAAGAUGGAAGAUUACACAUUUAAUGAUUUGUCACUCAGAAUUGGCUUUCCCUACCUUUUCUGCCACCAAGGGAAUUGUGAGCACAUUGUCAUUAUCACAGAUAUAAGGCUUAUUCACCAYGAUGACUGCCUAGACAGGAACCUGUAUCCCUUGCUGAUAAAGAAGCACUGGUUAUGUACUAGAAAGUGCUUUGUAUGCAAAAUGUACACAGCCAGGUGGGUGACCAACCAAGACAGCCUGGCACCAGAGGAUCCUUGUUUCUUCUGCGAUGUCUGUUUUCGAAUGCUCCACUAUGACGUGGAAGGCAACAAACUGGGGGAAUUUCUCGCAUACCCUUAUGUCGACCCUGGGAUCUUCAACUAGAGCCGACGUGGGACUCGGUGAGCCAGGAGGGACUCAGUGAGAGGAAUCGGGGGCUCUGCAGCGGCUGGAGCCCCCAGGCAGCUCCCGGCUUGGCUGGUGGCAGCCCCUGCUUUGGYGCCUCCGCCCUGGCUUGGAAGGAGCCCUUUGCACUCGGACCCGGCUCCUUAUUCUGCCUUUCUGACCGGGAAGUGGAAGUGUGACUGUAAAAGGUGUUAAAGAGGUUAGUAUGGAAAGAAUGUGCUCACACAUGCACUGGUUUUUAAUAAAGUUCACUUUCUCAUAUGCUUUGUCUACAGUGUGGCAGUUUGGGAGAUUGCAGCCUUUGAAAAUCARUGUGUUUAAUGAGUGCCCUAGGAAAGCAGUUAAUUUCUGAGGAAACUGCGCGUUGAAGGAGGCUUCRCCGAGCCUUCAGUUCUCUUCACCGAGACCUCCGAGGAUGAGAGCAUUGGCCUCUUGCCUUGAGACCCCGGGGAGAGGCCAGAUUCCCUCCAGGCGCCUUCCCGCAGGCAGAGGAGCCCUGUCUGCGAACCUGGGGUCCUUGCCUUGAGGCUGAGCAGUGACCCAGUGAAGGGCGGUCACGUCCUGCCCUUCAGAUAGCUUGGUCCCGUGUUUGCCUUGUACGCGUGUUUAGUGUGUUCCUCUUUCUUAGCAGCCCUCUGUUUGUUGUCCUGAGCCUUGUUUUUAUUACAGUGUGGCAGUUUGUACUUGCUCUGAUAAGUUGAUGUUAUGCUGAAGCACUGCUCGCCACAGUUGUCUCUUGCUUUUUGAAGCUGUCUGUGAUCCAGAGCAGCUCAGUGAGAUCUCUCUUGUUUGGGUUACCCAGUGACACUAUGUACUUUUUCUGUACAGACUUGAUGCUUUUCUCCCCGCCAAAAAAAAGUGCGUGGUGUAAAAGACAUCUCACUGUGAUAACCUUCAUCUAGAGUCUCAUCUGGUAGUGUCUUGUGACCACAGAUCAAGCAGAUGGCUGUUUGGUUAUUCUAGAUGUCUGGGAGCAAAAGUGGGACUGCUUUCCAGUGGUAUGUUAACUGUUGUGUUUGUAUAUUGCUGUUUUGUCUGUUUUUACAAGAACUAGAGAACAUAGAAAACCACAUCACCUUGAGCUCAGUUAGGUUGCGUUCUGCUUACUUCGGAAACAAGCAGGGAACUUGCAGCGGCUCUUAAAGC